AUGAUUAGUGACGAGUUUAAUAAUCAAAAUGAUAAAUUGAAAUUAAUUGCAUCAGAAAAUUAUGCAAGUUUGGCUGUUAUUCAGGCUCAGGGUACAUUUUUUACUAAUAAAUAUGCAGAAGGUUAUCCUGGUAGAAGAUUUUAUGCUGGCUGUGAAGAAAUGGAUAGGGUUGAAAAUAAAGCAAUUGAACUGGCAUGUAAAUUGUUUAAUUGUAAGUUUGCAAAUGUUCAGCCAUGUUCAGGAUCUCAGGCUAAUCAGGCAGUAAUGUUUGCAUUUCUAAAUCCAGGUGAUAAAUUUUUGGCAAUGAGCUUGAAGGAUGGCGGUCAUCUAACUCACGGUCAUAAGAUAACUAUGUCAGGAAAAUGGUUUAGUCCUGUACAUUAUCAUGUUAAUAAAGAUGGAUUUAUUGAUAUGAAUGAAGUUAGAAAAUUGGCUCUGGAAAAUAAACCUAAAUUGAUUAUUUGUGGAGCAUCAGCUUAUAGUAGAAAAAUAGAUUUUGCAGCAUUUAGAUCUAUUGCUGAUGAAGUGGGUGCAAUUUUGCUCUCUGAUAUUGCUCAUUAUUCUGGUUUGAUUGCUGGUAAAGCUUAUCCAAGUCCAUUUCCAUAUUCUCAUGUUGUUACUACUACUACUCAUAAAACUUUGAGAGGUCCAAGAGGUGGUAUGAUUUUGUGUGAUGAUAAAGAAAUUGCUGAUAAAAUUGAUAGAGCAGUUUUUCCUGGUAUUCAGGGUGGUCCAUUGAUGCAUGUAAUUGCAGCAAAACUCGUUGCAUUUGAAGAAGCAUUGAGUCUGGAUUUUGCAAAAUAUGCAAGUCAAGUUGUUAAAAAUGCUAAAGUAGUUGCAGAUGUUUUUAAAUCUAGAGGUAUAAAAGUUUUUUCAGGUGGAACAGAUAGUCAUUUAGUUUUGUUAGAUUUAACAAAUGCUCAAAUAAGUGGUAUUGAGGCUGAAAAUAUUUUGAAUUGGUCAGGUUUGGUAGUAAAUAAAAAUGCAAUACCAAAUGAUAAUCAGACUCCAUUUAUUGCUUCAGGUAUUAGGAUUGGUACAAGCGCAUGUACAACACGUGGUAUGAAAGAAAAAGAAUUUGAAAAGAUUGCUAAUAUGAUUUGUGAUAAAAUAGAAAACCAAAGAGAUUCAAUUGAUAAUUUAAUUACUAGAACAAAAAUUGAUGUUGCUAAAUUAUGUAAUGACUUUCCAAUUUAUUAUAAAAAGUCUUUUGGUUUUUGA